AUGACCACCCUCCACCCCCCAAAACACGCGCACCCCUCCUCCUCCACAACCCAAGUCCCAACCGUCCACACCCUCCAAUAUUUCAAACGCUCAUUAUCCUACACAAUCGCCGAGUCGCCGAUCGACCAGCACGAGCACGGCCCCGACCCCUCGCACACGACCCUGCAGGCCAAAUCCCCGGUCGGCCAGAAACUCGACGAAGCAGGCUGCAACCAGAUGAUGAAGGCUUCCCUUACGGGACUGCUGAACUGCCAAGAGGUUAAGAACGAGGCGAGAGAACGGAAGGUGCAGAAUAUGCUUAUGGAUACGGAGAGGGAUCUUCGGCGGGCUAGGAGGGCGAGUUUAAAGAUGGGGGGUGCGCUGGGGAAGAAGGGCUCUACUGCCACCGCCACCGCCACUCCGGAUAUCACUGCAGCUCUCAAAACUGGCGACGGGAAUAAGGGCGAUAAGUGA